AUGUUCCCGGAGAUGCUCGACUUGACCUCGCAGAUGCUGAUGAAAUGGCAACGCCUGGGAGACGGGGCGGUGAUUGAUCCAGUCGACGCCUUCACCCGCUUGACGUUAGACACUAUUGCUCUGUGCAGCUUCGACUAUAGGUUCAACAGCUACUACCAGAACGAGAUGCAUCCGUUUGUCACUUCAGCCCUGGAUGCUCUUCUGGAGAGCGGGAGGAGGGCGUCCAGGACUGGACUUGAGACACGCAUGCGAUUGUGGUCUCAGCAGCACUACGAUGAGAAGAUCCAAUACUGCUGGAAGAUUUGCGAUGAGAUUGUUGCGGAGAGGAAGCGGCAUCCACGUGAGGUCAACGAUCUGUUGAACGUUAUGCUGAAGGCGAGCGAUCCAGACACUGGUGAGAAAAUGAGUGACGAGUUGGUUCGAUUCGAGAUGAUGACCUUUCUACUCGCCGGCCACGACACAACUUCAGGACUGCUCUGCUUUGCUUUCCUGCUCAUGCUCGAGAACCCACGUACCUUGCAAAAGGCCCAAGCCGAAGUCGACGAAGUCUUGGGCGACGGUGCGAUCGGAGUGAAGCACGCAUCUCAGCUGCCAUACAUCAAUGCGGUCUUGAGAGAGACUGUCCGGCUGUACCCGACCGCCCCGGCGUUCUCUCGCCGCUCGUUGUCGAAGGAUGAUGUGUUCGUUGGUGACGGCAAAUACCGCGUUCGUGCGAAGGAUACUGUCGUUGUCUCCCUCCCCAAGAUGCACCGCGAUCCCGAGGUAUGGGGAGAUGAUGCCGAGGAGUUCAAAUCUGAGCGAAUGCUGGACGAGAAUUUUCAAAAGCUGCCCAAGAAUUGCUGGAAGCCGUUCGGUACUGGGGAGAGGUCAUGCAUUGGGAGAGCCUUCUCGUGGCAGGUCAGUCUCGUCGAUCAGUCCAUCGAAGGGCUGUACUGA